AUUUCUUUUCGGUCGCCGUGCGGAAUGACAUUGCUAAGUCGUGUUCCUUAGUAACCACACAAACUCUUCACUGUGUUGGUUUCAGUCAAUGUUCAUGUGGUAGUGUAUAACCGGGGAAAGACAAAAAAUUAAGCUAUGGCAUUACCGUUUCUCCCGGGAAACUCCUUCAACAACAGCCUUGGUAAAACAAAGUACCACAAGUCACAUCACUUUGACUACAAAAAUGAGGUGUCUAUGUUGGUUGGAGAAGAAAAACCUGGUAUAGGUGGGGAACUUCUUCGAGGACAAAAAGUAAGACCCCAAAAUACUGUUUUCCCAAAAGGAGAGGGCAGCAACUUGCCUGCCUGGGUGGCAUUUGACAGACAGGUCCUAUGCUUUGAUGCUUAUUUCCAAGAGGCUGUUUUUGAGAAGCGCGAGGAGCAGUACAGAGUUCGCAACUGCAAGGUCUAUUUCUACUUAGAAGAUGAUUCCAUUCAGGUUAUUGAACCCAGAGAGAAGAACAGUGGAGUCCCACAAGGUCCAUUGAUCCGAAGACACAGAAUUCCCAAACCAGCCCCACAUGAUGAUCAAUAUUACACUGCUGAGGACUUCAACAUUGGCUGUGAAAUUAACCUCUACUCCAAAGUUUUCAAGCUCACCAAUGCUGAUGAGUUCACAAAGAACUUUCUUAGGAAAAUGGGAGUCCGAGUUAAUGAUAUUGAGAGUAAACCAGAAAAUCCUUACACCAAAUACAGAAAAGCUAUGGAUGAAAGCAUGCAGCCACUCCGGCCAUAUGAAAAGCAUGACACCCUGAAGCAGUUCUUGGACCAUGAUCGUCAUGUCCUGCGGUUCUUCUGCUACUGGGAUGACACGGACAGCAUGUUUGGUGAUCCUCGUGAGAUGGUGCUCCAUUAUUUCUUGGCUGACGAUACUAUUGAAAUCCGAGAAGUCAUCCCGGCCAACUCCGGCAGAGAUGCUGCGCCAAUGUUCCUGAGACGUGGCAGGCUUCCUAAGAACAUUGAAUCUCUUAGGCAGCCAGGCGAGAUUACAAACAGAACUGUACUUAAUGUGUUUGGACCAACUGGUCACGGUGGCAGAUAUAUCUUAGAUAGCUUAAAGACUGGAGCUGUGAACACAGAUUUCUAUAAAGACAGUGAUCUUACCUUGGGAUCUGUCAUCAAUGUUUGGGGAAGAAAACUCUUGUUGUGCGACUGUGAUGAUUUCACAAAAGAAUACUAUCGCACUAAGUUUGGAAUUGAGGACUUCUCAACAGUCCAAUACAAGAAGAACCCAGCUGGUAACCCGCCACGCCAGUUCCCUCCUUACAACGGAUGGGGAAGUGAAGAGGAUUCACUCUGCUCCUGCAUGGGUCUCCUACCAAAACCACCCAAGAGGGACUUCAUCAAGUUCAUGGAAAAGGACAGACGUGGGCUGGACAGCAAUGUUCUCCGAUUCUUGGCUCGCAUGGACACCACCAAACCCAUCGACCAAGAGCGCCGCUUCAUUAUCUCUUACUUCCUGUCUGACGAUACCAUCUCCGUCUUUGAGCCUCCUGUCAGAAACUCAGGAAUCAUUGGCGGUAAAUUCUUGGAGAGGACAAGGAUUAAGAAGCCCAGUCAGCAGGCAUACAGUACUGAGAUGUCCCAGUACUAUCUGUCUAGUGACCUGUUUGUCGGUACUUGUGUCAACUUUAACAGCCACAUAUUUGUCCUUAUUGAUGCUGACGAGUAUGCAUUUAGAUACUUGGAACAGAAUUCUGGAUUCCCCCGGGCCAACAUUACUUCCAUUUUGCAAAGACUAGUCAGCUCAGUUGGGAACAACCAGGACGAGAUUCGGUCAUUCUUUAUGAGAAAUGAUCCCAAUGGCUCUGGCUGCAUGGCAUACGACCAGUUGGUCUCCCUCCUCCGUCAAAUUAACCCUAAUAUCAGUGAUCAUGAGAUCAUGACUGUGGCUCGUCACUAUAGCCAGAGGACACAAGAGGAUGCCAUUGACUCUAACAAACUUGUUGCUAUUGUCCAGGAACAACUCAGAAAGAGAAACUAUGAGGGAUUUGGAAAACUAUUAGAGGACUGCAUGCAGAAUGACAAAGGAAAACAAGGCAUGUUAGACGCUGAAAUUGUCAGGACCAUUUUCCGAGCCCACAAUGUUCCCCUCCCUGAUGACCUCCUGCGAGCAGCAUUGUCAUUGGCCAUUGCCACAGAGAGAGGUGAGGUAGCUUACAACAACCUCAUCAGCCAGAUGAACUGGAGGGACUGCCCUGUACCCCCGAUGCAAUAUGAACCCUCGUCUGACCCUAACUGGCAAGGAACACAGCAAGGCAGAGGAAGUGUAUCUGUUAUAAACUAUCAGAAUCUCCUUGAUGACUGCUUUGGAAAAGCAAAAGCAUCUUCAUAAAGACACACAGUGCUUAGGAGUUUAUAAAAUCAUCUGUGAUCCAAGACUUGUAACAGUUUUUUUUAAAGUUGUGCCAAUACUCCUGUGUAUUUCUGAACAUUUAUUGUAUUGUAAAAGACAAAAAAUAACAAAUUUCAACAGAUAUGCAAAAAAUUAAUAGCAUUGAAAGAUAAUUUGGCACAGAUACAGUGUUUAUGAAGUUUAUGUACAUAAUAAAUAUAUUUUAAAUGUGAAUAAAAAUAAUGAACAUAUAA